GCAUGGCGUUUCAUUUUUCCGUUGUAAACAGUAUAAAAGCAAACCUGGCUUUCCGCUUCAUAGUUUUCUCGUUAGCUCACCUUAACUACUAAAUUAUGUCUACCGCUAAAGCUUGCUGCCAAAUUCCUCCUGUUGUUUCCAACUACCAACCUGUUGGAACCGUUGACAACCUUGGCGAUUUGCCUGUCUACACUGUUGGCAACAAGGACUCCAAGAAAGCCAUCAUUGUUAUCAUGGAUAUCUUUGGUUUCCACGUCAACACCAAGCAAUUCUGCGACGUCCUUGCUAACCAUUGUGGAUACAGAGUUGUGUUGCCCGACUGGUUCAGAGGAAAGCCUGCUACCCAUGAUAUGUUGGGCGAUAUGUCCAAACUUACGGCUUGGCUUCAGCAAGUUGGAACCAUUGACAUCAUCAAGCCCCAAGUUGAUCGUGUUAAGGAACAUCUUGUUGCUGACGGUGUUGUCAAGACCGGACUUGUUGGAUUCUGCUGGGGUGCCAAGAUUGCUAUUCAGCUCUCCGCUCAAGAAAGCUACUACAGUGCUGCCUCUCUCAUCCACCCCUCCUUCUUCGUCGUUGAUGACGCCAAGGUUGCUCAGGCUCCUCUUCUCGUUAUUCCCUCCAAGGAUGAGGCUGAUUUGACCGAAUUUAUGGAAAUCUUGAAGCAAAAGCCCUUCGGUGACAAGUGCAAGCACGUCCGUUUCGAUGAUGUUCACCACGGUUUCGCUGCUGCUCGUGGUAACUGGGAGGAAGGCACUGCUGACAAAAAGCGUGCUACUGAAGCCAUCCAACUCACUGCAGACUUCUUUGCUGAAAAUAUCCAAGUGUAAAUGUUUCCCUCUAUAUAAAGUUUAUCAACCCGUCAAGUUACUGUGACGAGCAUUAAGCAUUCGCUUUUCUUUUUCCCUUUUUCGUUAAUUUCCACAAGUAGCACACCAAACAAAUUGUAAACAGGUCUCCAUCUUGGCAGAACAGUGGUUAGAAGGAUGAGUUCUUAAUUCAUUGUAUUCGUGUACAAUAUGUGGAUAUGCGCAACAAUAAACUCUCUAUUCCUCACAACUUGGCCUUGAUAGCAUUUGCCU